CGUCUCUUUCUCUCUCUCUUUUAGCUGAACUCGCCUCGUCAUUUUCACAAGCAACUUGUGCUCAUCAUUCUCUCUAUAUAAAUUUCCUUCAUUAAUUAGUUUCCACUACUUCAACUUCAACUCAUCACAGCUAUAGAGAGAGAUGGGAACAAUAGCAGUGCAUGGAGAAGAAGAUGGAAAUUAUAAAGUUCCACAACCAGAAAAUCUCCAUAUUCAAAAGGAAGAGCUUGAUGCUGGUGCUCUUUUUGUCCUCAAAUCCAAAGGAUCUUGGAUUCAUUGUGGAUACCACUUGACAACAUCAAUAGUAGCUCCACCUCUCCUUAGUCUCCCAUAUGCAUUCACAUUUCUUGGAUGGGGUGGUGGAAUUUCAUGCUUAAUUAUUGGAGCUUUCAUCACUUUCUACUCCUACAAUUUGCUGUCUCUUGUCCUUGAACACCACGCUCAUCUGGGUCAUCGUCAACUUCGCUUCAGGGACAUGGCCAACCAUACCUUGGGGCCAAGGUGGGGCCGGUAUUAUGUGGGUCCAAUUCAGUUCACAGUGUGUUACGGUGCUGUUGUUGCUUCCACACUUCUUGGAGGCCAAUGCAUGAAGGCAAUUUACUUGCUAUCAAACCCAAAUGGGACUAUGAAGCUUUAUGAGUUUGUAAUCAUAUUUGGAUGCCUAAUGUUGAUGCUAGCUCAACUCCCAUCUUUUCACUCCCUCAGGCACAUCAAUUUGAUAUCCUUGCUUCUUUGCCUUGCCUAUAGUGCCUGUGCCACUGCCGGUUCAGUCCACAUUGUAGGAAAUUCGUCGAAAGAACCAAAAGAUUAUUCUGUAAAUGGAGACACGGAAGACAGAGUUUUUGGCAUCUUUAAUGCUAUUGCCAUAAUUGCAACAACGUAUGGCAAUGGGAUCAUCCCAGAAAUUCAGGCAACCAUAGCAGCACCUGUUAAGGGGAAGAUGUUCAAAGGAUUGUGCGUAUGUUAUAGUGUAGUUUCAGUGACAUUCUUUAGUGUUGCCAUUUCUGGGUAUUGGGCUUUUGGUAAUCAAGCUGAAGGACUCAUCCUUAGCAAUUUUGUAAGAAAUGGGAAGCCUUUGGUGCCGAAAUGGUUUGUUUUGAUGACAAACAUCUUCACUAUUCUUCAACUAUCUGCAGUUGCUGUGGUUUACUUGCAGCCUACAAAUGAAGUGCUGGAACGAACAUUUGCCGACCCCGAAAGCAAGGAAUUCUCUGCUCGCAACGUUAUCCCUAGAGUUUUCUCGAGGUCAUUGUCUGUGAUCAUAGCAACUACAAUAGCAGCAAUGCUUCCAUUUUUUGGAGACAUCAAUUCAUUGAUUGGAGCUUUCGGUUUCAUGCCUCUAGAUUUUAUCUUACCUGCAGUUUUCUUUAACUUGACAUUUAAGCCAUCAAAGAAGAGCUAUAUUUUCUGGUUGAAUACAAGUAUCGCAGUAGUUUUCUCAGCUUUAGGGGUCAUAGCAGCAAUAGCAGCAGUCAGACAAAUAAGUCUCGACGCCAAAACUUAUCGGUUGUUCGCAAAUGUUUGAUCACACAAAGUGGGAGUAGUAGAAGCCAGUGAGUGCGAUUUGGCGUCGAAAGAGAGUCUUUGCAAUUGCAAACGAUACUCUGCUCUUAUCCUGAGGCCACCUCAUGUCGUUUUAGCAUAACUUUCUGAUGGGAGCUUCUGGUUUCAUUCGUCUACAUUUUCCAUCUUCUCUGCUGCUGUGUGAACUUUGUUCAUGUUGAAGCCAUUUAAGAAAAGCACUAAUUGGUGGUAAAAUGGAGCAACUAUUUUGAAAUCUUGUCUGUAUAUGUUAUUUUUCUCUGUUCAAAUACAGAGGCCAAAACAAGAAAAUUUAAAAGACAAAGCAUCUUAUAGAUUUAAGAAACAUGUUCAUGCAACAGCAUCUUAGAAAAUGACAAUAUUUAGUUUCUGCAAGAAAAAAAAAAAGAUAAAACUGAGAUCAUCUUUAAGACCUAAUCAAGGGAUAA